GUUGAACUUCAUUGGUGUCGUGGUGAGUCGAUUUCUUUCUAUUUCUUUGCUUUGGCGAUCGCCACCUCUGCUUCAUGAGAAAUAUUUUAUUUAGGUCGCUGGCGCUAGAAUGAUACUGAAUCUUUUCAGGGAGGCUUGUUCGCUGGUAUGCUGUCCGGUACUGGUUCCUGGCCAGUCGUACAGGCAAAUGGGAAGAUAUCGCCCUGGACCGUACGAGCUUGUUGGUUCUGCGGAAUCCUGUUUGCCGUUGCUGCCGUACUCACAGCCCUACAACAAUCAAUACGACUUCAUCGAUUGUCCUGCCACAAACAUCCUGGAAGAUAUAUUCGUCGUCUCCUCAGUCAGCAGCACCCCGAUCGCAAUGGCCGUAUACUUGCCCGUCAAAGUCAUGUUCUACUCUGGCAGUGUGGCGCCUACUUUUUAGCACUCAGUGCAUUUUCCAUGCUUCUUGGUAUGUUUGUAAUGCUUUGGGCUGCGACUGGUCCGUUGCCUGGAUUUGCACAGCGUGGACACUGGUGGACGAACGAAGCCAAGUUGGCGACCACUUUCAGCGUUAUUGGCUUCUUGAUUGCCUGUGUCUUUGUCUUUCAGCAAAUCGCACUCUACUCCUGGCGAGGCGAGGACGAUUCGCAUGAUAGCGACGAUCCAGGAGACGAGUCUUGAGCCUUGAUCGAUAUCGUGGGAUUGUCCAGGGUCGUAUAGUGUUAGCGCCUUUCACUCAUGGGUAGUCGACCGCUCAACUCAGCAGACCUGGUCGUUGAGAUCAAUUUCAUUCAGCAUGUCAUCGUUGUCAUGCAAAAAGCGCUCAAAGACCAGUCGGCCCUGUCAGAGUCGACUGUUGCCGUGCUUGUGUGUCUGUGUGGUGACCAGGACAAGAACAUACCAUGAUAGACUGUAUGCAGCGGGCGAAAAAUAACCCC